CCGAACUACCUAUCCUAUCCCCUCGCGUCGCAUCUUUCCUCUCGUAACGCGUAUCAGUGCCAACCAGGCAGCCAUCGCCGCGGCCCUCGUGCCUCUGCAUCGCGGCGCGCCUUGGUGCUCCAUCCACGUAAUCCCUGAGGUGCGGCACAGGCGUGGAGGUAUCUCGGCAGUCGGCAGGGCGGCUGGAGUUCGGUCCCAGAAGAGAUGGCGGGGGGCCCUGAUGUCGCGGGCUUGAUCGAGGAUGAUGCGGUCUCCGUCAUCACGGAGGGCUUAGUGGUGUGUGACAUAUGUGGCAGUGGUAGUGCCCCUCAUCUUAUUGCAAACUGCGCUCGGUGCAAUGCGCGUGAGCACGGGUACUGUAUGGAGGGGUUGACGUUCCUGAUUCCGCUCAUAUGGUUUUGUAAUAGAUGCCAACGCAACGCCAACAGGGCACCCAGAUCCUAACCAAGCCUGCAGGUUCUGGAGAUGGUGUUGGGCGCCAAAUUCCCUUGAGGAAGGUAGCAGCUAGUGUCGUGUGAGAAAUGUUGGCUUGUUUUUGUGGUUGUGUGUAUUGGCAAUCGCUGGAGCCUGGAGCUGUGUGUAUUGGCAUCGCUGGAGCAAAAUGUCCAUGUGGCUUGGCACUGAUGCUGGCUGGCCUCAGAACAUACGUCGGAUAUUCUUUCACCGCGAGUGAGCAAUUGAAAUUGGGCAGGUAAUACCAUGUUGUGGGCGUAAAUGCGAUGGACACUGUCAGUUUCGUGGGUUUUCUUUUCUUCUUUUUCGGGCCAAGAGUUUCGUGGAUUCUCAGCCUCGGUUGCAUGCGCAAGAUCUUGAGUGCAGCAUAGAACACGCUUGUUCUUACCAGUACGUGUGCAAGAAAAAUGGAUCUCGGUAUAUUUAAUUAAUAUAUUUUCUUGUUUGAUGGUGAACAUAA